CAUUUUUUUCCUUUUUAAAUCUGACAGUUCUUGUAAUAGGUUAGGUUAGUAACACUUUUCUGAUGAAAUUUUAUAAUACAGUAUUAAAAAUAUAAAUGCAAUAAUUCCUUCGUACUUAAGUGAUUAUUAUUUAUUUAUCUGCAUAUACAACUAUUUUUGACGUAGUGAAAAUUAACUUAACAAGAAAAUGUCUGGAGAUAUAACAAAUAAUAUUGAAGCAUUAAAAGUUAAUGCAACUGAACAGGAUGAUGAUGUGGUGGAUCCAUGGACAGUAACAAGUACUAAGGACACUGGAGUUGAUUAUGAUAAAUUAAUAAAAAGAUUUGGGUGCUCGAAAAUAGAUCAGGAACUGUUAGAUAGAUUUGAAAGAAUAACUGGAAAGAAGAUGCACCAUCUCUUGAGAAGAGGUAUAUUUUUUUCGCAUCGAGAUAUGCAUUUAAUCUUAACAAAUUAUGAAGCUGGAAAACCUUUUUACCUUUAUACUGGAAGAGGUCCUUCAUCCUCAUCGAUGCAUGUAGGACAUUUAAUUCCAUUUCAGAUCUGUAAAUGGUUGCAAGAAGUUUUUAAUGUUCCUUUAGUAGUUCAGCUUACGGACGAUGAAAAGUCUUUAUGGAAGAAUCUUACUAUAGACGAAGCAAAUCGAUUAGCUUAUGAAAAUGCUAAAGAUAUAAUUGCUAUAGGAUUUGAUCCAGAAAAAACUUUUAUUUUCUCAGAUUUUGACUAUAUUGGACAACGACCGCAGUUCUAUAGAAAUUUAGUGGACAUACAAAAACAUGUUACCUUCAACCAAGUUAAAGGUAUUUUUGGUUUUGAUGACAGCACAAUAAUUGGAAAAAUUGCAUUUCCAGCCGUUCAAGCCACGCCAUGUCUCUCGAGCACUUUUCCAGAUAUUUUCGGCAACAAGAAAAUCCAGUGCUUUAUACCCUGUGCUAUAGAUCAAGAUCCGUAUUUCAGAAUGAUGAGAGACGUAGCCCCAAAACUAGGAUAUCCAAAACCAGCAUUAAUAUUAUCAAAGUUUUUCCCUGCUUUGCAAGGAGCACAAACAAAAAUGUCAGCUUCUGACGCUAACAGCACUAUAUAUUGCAGUGACACACCGAAGCAAGUUAAAAAUAAGAUAAACAAAUAUGCCUUCUCGGGUGGUCAAGCCACUAUCGAAGAACAUCGGAAACUUGGAGGGAACUGUGAUGUCGACAUUUCAUAUCAAUAUUUAAGGUUCUUUAUAGAAGAUGAUGAAAGGCUAGAACAAAUUAGAAAAGAUUAUUCCAGUGGAGCGAUGUUGACGGGAGAACUAAAGAAAAUACUUAUUGACACGUUAACACCUCUAGUUCAAGAACAUCAAAAAAGAAGAGCAGAGGUCACAGACGAGAUUCUAAAACAAUUUAUAACACCUAGGAAGUUGAAUUUUGAUUAUUAGAUGUUGUUGUUUACAAUUUUUAAUUUAUUUUUUACCAAAAAUGCUUUAAAGAAAAUAAAAGAUAUAAGAUCAAA